UAAAAGGUGUUGACUCAGGUGUGUGUGCGUGUAUGUACACACAGUUGUUGCAUCCGCCCAGAGUGCUGGUUCAGAUACCGGCACCGUUUCUCUCGCUGGUCUCCAUACCCUUGCUACCCAGACUCCUUGCCAUGUACCCGUUUUGCGUGGCCUAAAGGUCGAGCAUGGAUAUCGGGGGGCUGACCACCGUGGUGGCCAAUUCCGCCUACAUCAACGCCCGUGGCAGCAUCGACGGCUCCAACCCGGCGGCGGCUCGAGACAAGAAGUACCAUUCUCGCCUCAAGUUGCCUCACAUCACAGUGUGUGAGGACCUGAAGGACACGCUCGAUUUGGCUUUUGACAACGUCUGUGUGGAACAACCCAUCGGCAAACGACUCUUUCGGGAAUUCCUGGAAACCAAGCAAGAGUACCACGGCGCUUAUCGUCUGUGGCGGGACAUUGAGGACUAUGAUCUGGCGGAGGAUUCGGAUCGAGCCAAGAAGGCCUCGAAGAUUGUCCAGCGCUACAUGGAAGCCUCGGCCAAACAUUUCUGCCCUUUCCUCUCUGAGGACACCAUCGCCAAGGUGAAAGAGGGCCAGGAGGUUGUUGGCGAUGACUUGUUUGCAGCAGCUCUGGCCGCUACUCUGGACUACUUACGGGAGGCGCCCUACGUGUUCUUCCUCAAGAGCAUGUACUUGAAGAGGUUCCUCCAGUGGAAGUGGCUUGAGAUGCAGCCGAUGGACGCGGACUGGUUCCUAGACUUCCGUGUGCUCGGCAAAGGUGGCUUUGGCGAAGUGUCGGCGUGUCAGAUGAAAGCCACGGGGAAACUUUACGCCUGUAAGAAACUGAACAAAAAGAGGCUGAAGAAACGGAAAGGCUAUGAGGGGGCGAUGGUGGAGAAGAGGAUCCUGGAGAAGGUCCACAGUCGCUUCAUUGUGUCGCUGGCGUACGCCUUCCAGACAAAGGAGGAGCUGUGUCUGGUCAUGACCAUCAUGAAUGGAGGGGAUCUCAAGUACCACAUAUACCUGGUGGAUGAGAACAAUCCGGGCUUUGCUGAACCAAGAGCCUGUUUUUACAUCGCUCAGAUCAUUCAAGGCAUGGAGCAUCUGCACCAGAAGAGAAUCAUCUACCGAGAUCUCAAACCGGAGAAUGUGCUCCUUGAUAAUGAUGGUAACGUUCGAAUAUCUGACCUGGGUCUUGCUGUGGAGUUGAAAGAAGGCAAAACAAUGACCAAAGGCUAUGCCGGAACACCAGGUUACAUGGCUCCAGAGAUGCUGAAAGGAGAAAAAUAUGACACUUCUGUAGACUAUUUCACUCUAGGCGUCACCUUGUUUGAGUUCCUCGCCGCCAAGAACCCCUUCAGGAACAGAGGAGAGAAGCUUGAGCGUGAGGAGAUGAAAGAACGAAUGCUGACCCGCGAGGUGAGCUACACGGAGAACUUCAGCGACAACGCCAAGUCUCUGUGUGAGGGGCUGCUGGCUAAAGAAGCCGACAAGCGGAUGGGUUUUAAGAACGGCUGCUGCGACGAGAUCAGAGCGCACCCCUUUUUUAGUGACAUCAACUGGAGAAAGCUCAACGCAGGCAUCGUGCCACCCCCGUUCAUUCCGGACCCCAGGGUGGUGUACGCCAAAAGUCUGGACGACGUCGGCGCCUUCUCUUCGGUCAAGGGCGUCGCGCUGGAGGACCCGGACAGGAGCUUUUUUGACGAAUUCUCCUCAGGCAACAUCCCCAUCCCCUGGCAGGAGGAGAUGAUCGACAUGGGCGUUUACGGCGAGCUCAACGUGUGGGGCCCCGAGGGAAGCGUCCCCAACGACCUGCGCAGAGAGUCCAUACUAGAGCAGCCCAAGUCGUCCACGUGCUGCGUGUCCUAGCACUGAAAUUCUCAGGACUGAUUUUUCUUUUGCACGACCAGCAGACUACUGGAGCAAUAGUGAGGUGGAUCGCCAAUCGGGAAUACCGAAUAAUGUGAUAUGCUAUCAAAUUAUCGUUAUUUGUCUCUGCUUCUUGUGCUCCCCUAAUUUUAGAAGUAUAUCCGAGUAAUCGUAUUCUGCUCAAUUCAAUGCCGAUGAUGGACAAUACCAAGACGAGGGACCGGAUGAGUAAUACCGUUCAUUUAUGGGGUGCAUUGUAAGGCAAAUAUUGACGUAGGUCAAAUGUUUAAAAAUAAA